GAAGGUGAAACGAAGAUAUGUUUUGUUAAGUUAAAGUGAAUUUCGUGUAUGACAACCGUACUAGCAUGCAGGCGUAUGUUUAUGUUCAAUAAUGGCUUGACUUUAUGAAAAUAUGUGUGAUCUAUCGAAUGGAGAUUCCAUCCCUGGAUCCACUAGUGGGACCAGCCAUAUGCAUGCUUGCCACUCAGAGUCCGAGAGAACAACUAACUUUGACGACACAGAAUGUGAACAACUUCAGCAAUUGAUAUUUGAUCUUAUCCGAGGGAUAGAGGAUCCAGAAAAGCCGUCAAAUCUAGAAGACUUGGAUGUGGUUAAUGAACAGGAUGUGUUCGUAAAGAAAUGUGGAGAGGAAGAGUUCUUUGUCCGUAUAGAAUUCAUUCCUACUGUUCCCCACUGCUCUCUGGCUCCUCUCAUAGGUCUGUGUAUCCGGUCAAAACUGCAAAGAUCACUGACAGAGAAAUAUAAGUUGGAUAUUUUCAUAAAGAAAGGCACACAUUCCACAGCAGAUGAAAUAAACAAGCAGAUUAAUGACAAAGAGAGGAUAGCGGCUGCGAUGGAGAAUCCCAACCUGCGUAAACUGGUGGAGAAGUGUCUGGAGGAGAACUACUGAUCUUCAGCUUGUAUAGACAGACCAAUUUCCUGGAGAUAUCCCUGUUCCAUACCUGUAUAUUAUCAGACCAGACACCUCCUUGGCGACAUCCCUCUUUCUACCUGUAUAUGAACAUAUAAAAACCCACCUCCCUCGAGAUAUUCCUGUUAUAUAUGAGUACAAUAACUUACUAGACACUUUGUGCAUCAACAGUCUAGACACUUUCCUUGCGACAUCCCUGUUUUUAUCUGUGUAUGAACAGACAAGACACCUCCCUGGAGACAUCCCUGUUCCAUACCUGUGUAUGAACAGACAAGACAUCUCCCUCGAGACAUCCCUGUUCCAUACCUGUGUAUGAACAGACAAGACACCUCCCUGGAGACAUCCCUGUUCCAUACCUGUGUAUGAACAGACAAGACACCUCCCUGGAGACAUCCCUGUUCCAUACCUGUGUAUGAACAGACAAGACAU